GCUGCUGUUUGGCGGCCAUUUCUCUGGAAGCUUCGCGGUUCGCGCGGGGCCGGAGUUACUCCCGUCACGAGGGACGGACUACAGCUGGGUCGGCGGCGAGCGGCCUGCAGCGUUGGCUUGUGGUCGCAAUGAGUUUGCCUCUCAAUCCGAAACCUUUUCUGAAUGGAUUAACAGGAAAGCCAGUAAUGGUGAAACUGAAGUGGGGAAUGGAGUACAAAGGCUACCUCGUAUCUGUAGAUGGCUAUAUGAACAUGCAGCUUGCAAACACAGAAGAAUACAUAGAUGGAGCGUUGUCUGGACAUUUGGGUGAAGUUUUAAUAAGGUGUAAUAAUGUCCUUUAUAUCAGGGGUGUUGAAGAAGAGGAAGAAGAUGGAGAAAUGAGAGAAUAGCAUCUUUUGUGGGGAAUGUUUUUUAUAUAUAUUUCUAGACAAUAAACUUUUUUUUUUCAACUUGA